AUGCAGCGUUUUUGGGUAAUUGAAGAAGAUUCUACUCCUUGUGUGUCGGUGGAAGAAGCAGCCUGUGAGCAACACUUUGUUCGCACUGUUCAACGCAACUCGGAAGGUCGAUACGUAGUUCGACUGCCCCUGAAGGAGCCAGUAUCCACCAUUCGUGACAAUAGCAGCAUUGCCCUACGACGAUUCCACAUGAUCGAAUCCCGUUUGCAACGAAACAAUGAUCUACGAGCUGAAUACCAGGAGUUCAUGUCUCAAUACGCUGCUCUAGGUCACAUGCAACGAGUAGAUCACACAACGCACUCCAGCCCGCAGUACUAUCUUUCACAUCUCGCAGUAAUUAGAGAAGAAAGUUCUACGACCAAGGUGCGAGUCGUCUUUGACGCCGCCUGCAAAUCGGUAACUGGGAAAUCGUUGAACGACGUACUCAUCGUCGGCGCAGUCAUCCAAGACGAUCUUCGAACCAUCAUCUUGCGAACCCGAAUCAACGCAAUUUUGCUCAUCGCCGACAUCAAACAGAUGUAUCGUCAGAUCCUAGUAAACGAACAUGACACACCUCUUCAAAGAAUUCUCUGGCGGUACUCACCCGAUGAAUACAUCAGCACAUUCGAGUUGAGAACAGUCACCUACGGUACGGCUAGCGCACCUUUUCUAGCCACUUUAACACUUCAACAAUUCGCUGAAGACGAACAAGUAGAUUUCUCGCUGGGCUCAAAGAUUCUUAAACGUGAUGUGUAUGUAGACGAUCUUGUGACCAGCGGAAGGACGGCCGAAGAAUUGCUGCAUUGCAGAUGUGCAGACGAGGUGGAUUCGAAUUUCGCAAAUUUGCUUCGAAUUUGGAUUCAGUAUUGA